AAGACGUAUUUACGAUCUAUUUUCAUCCCUAAUUUUUCAUCCGAUUAAUUGUCCGAUGUUAGAAAAUCAUUAUACGUGAGAAUCGUUCGGUCGAAGAACUUUAAAAUUCGCUCGUACGUUUAGUCUGACGCGAAAGUAGAGAGGUUAGUCGGCGCAUUGAUAUUUAUUAACGCAUUGAAAAUCAGAAGUUAUACGGGUACAAAAUUAUUUCCAUAGAUAGAAUUCCAUCAAAAAGCAAAAGCGGAAGAGUGCGCGCGCGUAUAGUGCUGCGUGAUAAUGCGCUAGGCGAGAAGGGAAGCAAGGGAGCGGCAGGGGUAGGGGAUGAGUGUGAAAGAGAGAGAAAGAAUACGCGAGCGUAUGUAUGUAUGUAUGUAUGUAUGUAUGUAUGUAUAUUGUAUGUUGUUAUGUGUGAACGUAUAUGUAUGUAAGGAAAAAGAGAGAGAUAGAGAAUGUACGAAUAUCCUAUAUACACUAUGUGCGAUAUAUGCAAUAAAUAAAAUAAAAAGUACGGGCGUGUUUCGAGAAAAUUGCGUGAGACAAUUUUUGCCGUGAAUUUGGGUAUACGAAAAGAAAUCAUUUCGAAGAGAAAUAAAACCACCUCUGUGAAUCGUCGAAUUCUUUCGGUCUUAUUUCGGAAGAAGGUCGAAAGUGAGUGUCUCGCGCGUGUACUUAAACAUGAAGACAAAAAAUAAAGCUCGACGACGCAAUAACGAUGACGGAGGAGAUGGCGGUGGUGGUGAUGACGACGACGACUACUACUACUACAGUGAUGACGGAGAAGGUGGAGACGGUGAUGGAAACGAUGGUGGUGGCGGUUGCGAUAAUGGUGGCGGUAGCGGAGGCGGCGGUAAUACGUAACGUAACGUAAAACGUUUGACGUUUACCGGCCAUGCGGUCUACGAUGUACCAAUAACAACGACCUAUUCAAAAGCGCCCUUGUCGUCUCUGAACGUGACCUCAUUUUGUCUGAAGUAAAUAUGUUACGUGCAAUGGUGCCAAUAAUCAGUAAGAUUACAAAAUGGGUUGUUUUGGGAGCAAGGAUAAAUUGAGUAAAGAAGAUAUGGAGUUUCUCAAGUCACGCACACGAUAUGACGAAAGCACAAUCAAGGAAUGGUACAAGGGAUUCAAACAAGACUGCCCUAAUGGCAGAUUAACGCCCGCAAAAUUUGUUGACAUGUAUAAAACGUUCUUUCCGUCUGGCCAUGCGGAAGAAUUUUGCGAUCAUGUAUUCCGCACAUUCGACAUGGAUAAAAACGGUUAUAUCGACUUUAAGGAAUUUCUCUUAGCCAUAGACGUUACUUCCUGUGGUACACCGGAAGAAAAGCUAAAGUGGGCAUUCCGGAUGUAUGACGUUGAUGGAAAUGGUGUUAUUGAUAUUCAAGAAAUGACUAAGAUCGUUCAAGCGAUAUAUGAUAUGCUCGGAGCAUGUUCGAGCAACAGGCCAGCGGACAGCGCUGAAGAACGGACUAAGAAUAUAUUCGCUAAAAUGGACGAGAAUCAUGACGGGCAAUUGACGCAAGAAGAAUUCCUUAAGGGUUGCCUUCAAGACGAAGAGCUCUCCAAAAUGUUGGCUCCUUAAUCUGAUUGCCCACAUUUUACAGAGAAUUCAUUGACGAGAGUCUGAACGGUUUUUAAGACGGAUUUGUGAAAAAAUGAAAAAAUUAUUACCGUCGCUGCUGUUACGAUCUCUGUCGCUGCUGCUGCCUCCACUACUAACACCAAUACCACCACCACCACUACCAAUGGAACACCAUUAUUAAAUUAACAAAACCACUUUCGCUACCACCAUCGCCAUCGCCACCACCACUACCACCACCACUAUCAUCACAGUUGCCACCGUCUUAUUAUCACUUAUCGCCACUGCAACGUCUCUCCUCCAGCUUCGCAGCAGUCAUCCCCUCGUAUUUUCAUGAGAUUUUAAGACCAGAUACUAUGAUGAUAAUGAUAAUUAAUAAAUGAAUGAUGAUGAUAAUGUUGAUGAUGAUAAUGAUGAUCAAAAGCAAGAAAUUAUGAAGUCACGUGACAAACAUCAUCAUCAAGAACGACCGAUGACUAUUGCAAACACCUUAAGAUUUUUAAUUCUAAGGUGUUCGGAGGACCUAACCUUCCAGUUAGGAGAUUCAUAAAAAGGAGCGGGAGGGGGAAGAAAGAAACGAAAAAAUAGAAAAAGAAAAUAUGGAAUUCGUAAUGAAAAUAUAUAAUCGUUUUCAAGUCGAUCGCAUAAUGCGAAAUGCAAUUUGAUCUUGCAAUCGUUUGAUUAUUAAGAUUUUUCACUCAAACCUGUGAACCAGCGAAUAAUACGAUUACGAAUAUCUAGUUGUAUCGAUCGAUUGCGAAUGAAUUCGAUCGAUUCUACACUCACGUAAUAAACAGGAAUCAUAAUCCCAUCGCAAUCGUUUGAAUUCGCUAUAAUACCAACUCGCUAAACGAAUUUCGCUGGACCGAAAAGAUCGAUAAAAAAAAAGACAACAAAAAAAAAGGGAGAAAAAAAUUGUUGAGUACCUCGCGGAGACCGCGUAAAUGUGGUCCAAAUUAAUAGAGAGAAAUUAAUAGAGAAAGAUAACUAUAGGAUUCGGGAAAAAGCGCGCGAACGGUAUAUACAUAAAAUGUGCGUGGCCCUAAAUUUUAGUGGCUUUUAGCAUGAUCCAAUCUUUAAGAAAAAUGAACAUCGAAAAUACUCGAUCGAUUACGAGUUCAACAAUAAAAUUUGUUUUUCCAUAGAAUUUCAAUGUUAGGAUAAGCCAAGCUGUUAGAAUUAACAGAACGUGCUCUUCGCAUUGUAAUCCGAUUAUUAUGAAUUGAUAAAUUGGAUAAAUUUUCAAAUUUAAUUCAAAACAUUAUGUUUGCAACGGAGCAAAAAAGGAUGAAGAUAAAAAAUUAAAAAUUCAUCGAUUUGAUUUUAAGGGCUGUUAUUUUCGAACGAAUACAAUUGUUUCGACAAUAUAUAAAAUUUUUAUUACUUACAUAUACAUAAAAAUCUCGAUGAGGAACCAUUGAUGAGUAUACAAUAAUAUCGUGUACACGGAUUACACGGUCCCCCAAAUGGUUUCUUUUUUUUUUUAUAUUUCUUUUAACCUCUCUUCGUCAUGAUUAUGUGCCUUUCCUUUUUUUCCAAACAGCAUUUAUUCACUUUAAUGAAAUGGUAUCGUGAAUAAAUAGAAAGAUCAAAUAAUGAAUGGCUUUUGUUAGAAUAUAUUUCAAUAAUAUCUCGGAUAUCUUGACUAUAUUUCCACCAUGAAAAAGAAACAAAAAUAAAAAAAAAAAAUAAGACAAACAGACAAACAAAACAAAAAGAAAAUACUAGUAAUAAUAAUAAAAAGAAGAAGAGAGAAGAAAACAGGCUGGUCUCUGUUUAGUGAUAGAAUUCGACCAACACUGUGUUUUUAUUAGAAUGAGCUACGUCAGGCUGUCGUAGAAUAACUUUUUCUCAUUGGUAUACGCGCAAUGUGUUUUCAAUAUAAAACACCUUUACACACAUAUAUAUACAUAUAUAAAUAAAUAAAUAAAUAAAUUAAUUAAUUAAUAUUUAACACGUUCAGCGUCGUAAAAAUCUCGUACGAUUUUAUUCCGCUGCGCCGGAAAACAAUAUUAUACGUAGUGCUCUUGUGUUACUGCCGGUCACCGGUGACCUUGAAACACUGCAAAAAGAAAAAAAAAUAUAUACACGGUGUCGGUCAUUGGUAGCUACUUGUGGCGCGUAACGUGUUAAAAAAAAAUAAUAAUAAUAAAAAAAAAAAAAAAAGAAAUUUUGUAUAUUGGCGAGCAUGAUGAAAACAUAUUUGCUAAAGAAGGCAAAUAUUUGAUAAAUUGGUCCAAAAGAAAAAAGAAUUUAAAAAAAGAAGAGAAAGAGAGAAGAAAAUCAAGCGGACAAUCCGUUGUUAUCUGUUCUCCUGUCGUUUUGGAUCUACGUUCCCUUCGCGUUUGGCGUCCAUCUAAAACAAAAAGACCCAAUAUACAAAACUUUAAAUGAAUUAGAAACAUCUGCACGCUGUCAUCGAUUUACACGUGACAGCACCUUCUCUUCUUCUAUAUUGCUCACGGGUAAACAAAAAAAAACAGAUAAGGAAAAAAAACACACACACACGUAUACAUACAGAAAUGUUCGCUUUGCUCAUAUAGCAUUACACAGAAGUUCUUGACGACUGACAGAAGGAUAUUGCAGAACGAGACAUCGUGAUUCUUCUCGUAAUAGAAAGUGCAGCAUUGACAAUCGAAUUAAUAAGUUUCCUCUAUGAAAGAGAAAGAGAAAUAUGCAGAGAGAGAGAGAGAGAGAAAAAGAGAGAGAGAGAGAGAGAGAAGAAAGAAAGAAAGAAAGAAAGAGAAAAUAAGAGGAAGAAGAGAGAGAGAGAGAGAGAGAGAGAGAGAGAGAGGGUAAGAAAAAGUCCCUUAAAACGAAUUAUGUAAGAAGCUUAAAAAGAACGAACCCUAAGUGCAUUAUAUGUAAUAGAGAAUCACUAUAUCUCAAUCUUAGUUAUUACUCUGAAAUUAAAACAUUUACGAAAUAAAACCAUGAUUCGGCAUAAAAAAAAAUAUAUAUAUAUAUAUAUAUAUAUAUAUAUAUAUAUAUAGAGAGAGAGAGAGAGAGAGAGAGAGAGAGAGAGAGAGAGAGAGAGAGAGAGUAUAUGACGGAUAUAUAAAUAUAACAACAAAACUAUAUAUAUAUAUAUAUAAAGCUUUCUUCCACAUUGUUACACCAGAUCUUCGUUAGUUAGCUAUUUUAAGAGUAUGAACAAAUCCGAUUGGUCUCGAUGACCUUGUCAUAGUUAGCGAAUGUCGCUUUAAUUAAGGGAUUUCAUGAAUUCUUGCAAUUGAUUAAAUGUCGUAACGUAAACAAGCGGUAAAUCGACUUUAUCUUAACAAGAAAACAUUUAUAUUAACAAGAAAGAUCUAUUUCACUUUCCUUAUUCUGUCCUGUUACUGUACUGUUUUUCUUGUCAUUCUGUCUCUCUCUGUCUGUCUGUCUCUCUCUCUCUCUCUCUCUCUUCCUCUCUCUCUCUUUCUCUCUCUCUCUCUCUCUCUCUCUCUCUCUCUCUCACUCUCUCUCCUUUCACUUGUACUCUUUGAUCUAUGUCAAUCUCGGGUAUGUAAAACACUGCGGAGCAAUAUUAAUUUAUAUUUUGCUCUUUAUGGGAUGUCCCAAAAUUUUUUUAUUUGUUUUAUUUCUAUUGGCUAACAGGGGAUAAUCAAAAGUAGAGAUAUUUGUCUACUCGUAUGUUAUUCUUUAUACUCUUUUAAAAAUCGACAAAUUUGUUACUAGAAUAGAGACACAUACAUCUGCAAAUAUAUUUCUACUUAGGAUUCUAUUCAUGAUUUUAUUUCUAUAAAACAGUCGCUUUGGUGAAUAGUUACAGAAUAUAACUCACUAUAAGAAUUUUAAGGAAAAACGCUAAUGAACUCCUCCUAGUACAUAUACGUUAGUACAAUGAAAUUCAAUUCCAGCAAGAUAUAUUAAUAAGUAGUUAAGAUAUUAAAGUACUUGAUUUAAGUAUCUUAUAUGUUUCUUUAUUAUUGCGACGUUUAUUUUUAACUCAAAUAUAUCUCUCGGUAUCUAUAUGUAAUAUUUUUUCAAACGGCGAAAGUAUAUACUUAGAAAAGAAAAGAGAGAUAGAUAGAUAGAUAGAGAGAGAGAGAGAGAGAGAGAGAGAGAGAGAGAGAGAGAGAAUGAUAAUUAAUAACUUACACUUAGUCCUCAGGCUCAAUCUAAGGUGUGACUAUGAAAUUCUCUAACAAUAUACGUAUCUCACGUACAUAUAUUACUGACAUUAAGACUUUUUUCUUUUUUUUUAUGUAUAUAUAUAUAUAUAUAUAUAUACAUUAUAUAUGCAUAAUAUAUAUAUUAUAAUUAUAUAUAUAUAUCUAUAUAUAAUAAUAUAUAUAAUAAUAAUAAUUAUAUAUAUAUAUAUAUAUAUAUAUAUAUAUAUAUAUAUAUAAUUACAUUACAUAACGAUAACACAGCUAAUUGUACGCUUAAUUUGAUAUAUUCCAUAUUUCAUUAGGCGCAAAUAAUUUUAAGAUGUAUUAGUUUUGAGUAAAUUUUUGAUCGAUAUUUGAUCAAUAUCAAAGAUAAUAGAUAUUUGUAAUAGUGAUUUUUAUUAUUUCUUUAAUAAUUUCUGUAUAUAUACAUAUAAAUAUAUAUACAUACAUACAUACAUACAUACAUACAGACACGCACACAUGUAUUUUGGGCAAUAUUUCUUGGUGUUCAUCUGAUUCUUAAGGAAUUUAAUUAGUCAUUUUCAUAUAGUAUUUAUAUACAUACUAUCAAUUUGACUCGUCUGAAUUCCUUUUAAUUAUUCAAAACUAUAACAUGUAAUUGUCGUAUCUAGUAAAUUUAUCGGUCUACGUCUGCUGUAGCCUUCCGUCACUUUUCCGCCGCUUACACAAUUCAUACGUUUAAAAAUCAAUUUUAGACUGUGUAAAAGAUUAUUCAUAUAAGUAAUAUUAUUAAGAUUAGGAAAAAAAAAGAGGAAGAGAGAGAAAAGAAGUCUUUUCGGUGAAAGCUACUCUUUCCGUCUCUUCUAAUUCUUUCUCGAAUGACGUAGACAAAAAAAAAUAUUUAUUACAAAGAUUUGAUAUCGGCUUACAUAGAAUAGGUAGCCUAAUUACUAUUAUUUUAUUAUUAUUAUUAUUAUUAUUAUUAUUAUUAUUAUUAUUAUUAUUAUUAUUAUUAUUAUUAUUAUUAUUAUUAUUAUUAUUAUUAUCAUCAUUAUCAUCAUCAUCAUUAUUAUUAUUGUUAUUGUGAUCAUUAUUAUUAUUAUAUUUUAUUAAUUUUAUUUGGAUAAUUCAGUCGUGAUCAAUAUAUGCAAAAAGGAAAGAAAAAGAAAAAAUAUAUUUUUCUCUCGUUUAUAUUAAUCGAUGAGAAGUAAUUGAUAUAUAAUCGAUAUCGAUUUCUUACUCAUAUCGAUAUAUCUGUUAUAUACUCGUACAACAUGAUGAUCAUUUGAGUAUUCAGUAUAGAACGGAUAUGUGAGCUAAUAAUAAUAAUAAUAACAAGAUAACAGAAUAAAUUAUUUAUGAGAAAAUAGAAUACUCGAUUAAGAAUUAUCGGUUAUUUCCGUGCUCCUUCUGAUAGAAAUGAAUACGUGACUGUGUAAAUUCUUGUCUUAUCCAACAAAAUCGUGCAAUCGAUAUAUAGAAAAUUCAAAGUGUAUACAUACCUUCAAAUUCGAAAAGUUAUUCCCUAUAUGUUAUUUCAUCGGUGGGAGAGGAAAAAUUAAAAUAUAUCGUAUGAACGUACGCAUGUGAUCUAAAUUUCAAAUUCGCACUUUCGUCUUACUUGAACAAAUAUAUAUCUAUGUAUCUAAUAUAAACGCUUAAACAUAGACGUAUCUCUUUAAUUUUUGAUAUCGUCUGUAGGAAAAAAAAGGAGAAAGAAAAAAAAUUAUCAGAUAAUAUUACGUCUCAUUGAUACGUUUAUACGACAUUUAAAAACAAACAGAAGAAAAAUAGAGAUAACAUAUAGAACGAAACCGAUAAAUAUAACUUCUCGAAUUUAUCGCAAACGUUUAGAAACAAAAGCAAACAAAUAAACAAAUAUCUCCCUGUAUGACAAUUUAUACCGCGUAUACGAACGAUUAUAAUUAUUAUAUUUAUUUAUUUAUUCAUUUAGUUUUCACUAAAGCAUCGUUUGUCUCAUGAAGCUGACUUUUUGAAAAGAUUUCCCUUUCUUUUUUAUUUUUAUUUUAUUAUUUUCUUUUCUUUUUUAUUUUUUCAAAUGAACGUUCGAAAUUAGAGAAAUAUGAUUUUUAUACGAUCAGUUUUUUCUAAGAGACGCUUGUACACGAACGGCGUUUUCAUCGAUCAACUGAUUUGACGGUUCGCGAUCAAACAUACUGUCUGAUUGUUUAUAACAACAGCUUAAAAAAAGAAAAAUAAAGAAUAAGAAAAUAAAUUUUGUUUGCGAAGCCGCUGCUUCGUCAAACAGAAAGAUAAAAAGGAAAAGAUAGAAACAUUCCGUAGGCACAUAUACGAUGGCAAUUUAAAAAGUUCACAGUUUUAUUUUCUUUUUGCUUUUUUUUUUUUUUUUUUUUCUUUUUUUUCAAAUAUCAUUGUUAAAGUGAAAUACAUCUUAAAAUGAAGUGAAAGAACAAAAAAAAAAAAGAAGAAAAAACAAAACUGCAAAUUUUUCAAAUUGCCCUAGUACAUUAUCCUCGAAUCAUGCACAUACGAAUUUUAUGGGUCAAUUGCUUUGGGACAUCCUGUAUAUAAAAACAAGCAAUAUUACGAAAUACCUUCUACAUUCUAUAUUCUAUAUUCUUCUAUUAUAUAUUUCGCUAAUUGAAAAGUCUCACUACAUAAAGUCUGUACAGGUUGAAAUAAAACGAGAAUGGCUUACAUAAACAAAUAAUACUUACAUAGUUCUAUUAAUUUAUAUAUAUAUAUAUAUAUAUAUAUAUAUAUAUAUAUAUAUAUAUAUAUAUAUAUAUAUAUAUUGAAAUAAUUCUUCUCGUACGUUUCUCCGGCGAAUCAACCAGUCAAUGACAAUACCGAUCGUGAACAGUCAAUCGAAAACUCUGUUACCGAGCGGCGAGAACGUUUGUAUACAAACAAAAUAACAAACAAAAAUGUAUUUAUUUUAAUCUAACUCGUGAAGUGUGUGUAUAUUUAUACAUGCGAACACGAAUGAAAUUUGCCCGACAAAGAUAUAUAAUAUACUGUAAUAUGCGUUAAAAGAAUAGGAAAAGAAAAACGGAAAAAGAAAAUACUUCAGCGAACGAAAAUGUAAGAUUGAAGACCUUAAGAUGACACUUUUAUAAAUAUUGCUUUGAAACUGGCACAAAUGGGAAUCAAUCAAUCAAUCUAUCUAUCUAUCUAUCUAUCUAUCUAUCUAUCUAUCUAUCUAUCGUUUCUCCGUUUCUUAUUUCAAGCGAUUCGUCUAACGUAUGUCAAAUUUCAUCGUCAAGAAGAAAGUUACAAAAGUUAUCGUAAACCGAAGGAUAAAAAUCCAUUUCCUAAAAAUAAAAAUAAAAAAAAAUAAAAAAUGAAGAAAAAAAUAAUUAAAAAAAAGAAAAAUAAAACAAAGAAAGAAGAUGAAGAAAUUAUUCUUAUCUUAAACAAAUUCGUCUUUAAUGGCGAAUAAUACACACAUACAGUAACCUGAGCAUACACGUCCAUGUACAAAGCCUAAACCUAAGUAUAAUAAGCCUAAGAAAAAUCAUGCUGCCUUUUAACAGAAGAACAAACAAAAAAUAAAUAAAUAAAUAAAUAAUAAUAAUAAUAAUAAUCCUGAACACAACAGGGAGGAACAACGAAAGCUCUCUCUUUUUUUUCCUUUCUUUUUCUUUUUUUUUCGAUUAUCAGAUAAAAUGUUUUCAUUAGUAUAACCAUUUCUAAUGAUAAAAAAAAAAAAAAGAUGUGCUCUUCUAAGCAUGAAAGUAAAAAGGAUCAUUCAAAUAAGGAAUAAUAUCUUAUUCGUCGAAUAGAAA